AUGUCGGCACGUGUAGCAUUUAGGAGAAUGAUUCCCUUUGCCGGGGUCGCGACAACCGCAACGUUAGCUUGCUACGGCGCCAAUCGUGUCCUUGCCUUCGAACGUACCCCGGCGAAACAUUCUACAUUAAAGAGCCAUCGAAUAGUUUGUGCUGCAAGUGCCUACGGCGUUUACAGCGGUUUCUGCAAAGAAAUGUGCACCAUAAUCUUCGAUGGUUGCAAAGGAGAAUGGGACAGGGUCAAAGUGGUAGAUAAGGCUUCAAAUUUGGAACCCGAGACGAGAAAUCACUUGAUGGUGAAGAUAGCUCUGUUGAGGACACUACCUCAUAGUGUGAUACCAUGGAGUUAUCUUUAG